AUGGCUAUGGCUAUGGCUGUCUGCAACUCUUGGAACCCCUUUCGAUCACAAAACUUCUUCUACGCGAACAUCUGUUACUACUUCCUUGUAGUAAUCCCUCUUCAUGUAAAUGCACUGAGCUUCAACUUGACUAAUAUUGGUCCGCAACUAAAUGCAGAGAUAGUUGUAGAAGGAGAUGCUUAUGUCUCACCCGAAGGCAUCCAACUCACCUCAAACGAGAUCAACAUGACCCAAAAUUACUCAGCUGGUCGAGCCACAUACAAAGAUCCUCUUUUCCUUUGGGACAAUACUUCAGGAAAACUCACGGACUUCAACACCUAUUUCUCGUUUGUCAUUGAUUCAAUAGGAAGCUAUGAUUUUGCAGAUGGCAUCACAUUCUUCCUUGUUCCUAAUGGUUUCACUCCCUAUAUCACAGUAGGUGGUUCCAUUGGUCUUCUAAUUAGCCCGCCGACAUAUAUUGCUAUCUCUUCCUUUGUUGCUGUAGAGUUUGAUACCUAUCAAGAUACUUGGGAUCCAGUUGACAUCACACCAACAACUCAUGUAGGACUGACUAGUCCUAUGGCGAUGUUUCUGAAUGAAACAUGA